GAGCCCAGCCCAGCCCUUGAAUACACGGCAACAACGCGCCGACACACAGAGAGCGAGGGAGAGGCACUCACACAGAGACACUGGGCUUGUCCUCUUCCUUUCUUUCUUUCUUUCUUUCUUUCUUUUUUUAAAGGGGGGGAAGCAAACCAAAAAAAAAAAAAAAAAGGAGCCAUCGACGCUGCGGAUAUGAACUGACAAAGACGCACGGGAAGAGGCAGGGAUCGUGCUCCUAUACACCCCGACAUUUUUUAAUUUAUUUUUUACCAUAAAGGUGGAGAACCGGCCCCCCUUCACCCCACCCACCCUCUUCCUCCUGAGCCCUCCUCUCUAAACACCCGUAUCCAGAGAGAGCUCCGCCACCCAAAGCCCCCGGCCGACCCGACCCGACCCCCCCCUCCUGCUCCUGCUGCUCCACCCCUCCGCCGCUGCGCCGCUCCGGCAACCGAGAUGCACACGGAGACCCGUAACAAGAAAUGCCAGUUGAGUCCUAAGCAGAAGAAGAAUGCCGUCGGCGCCCAGAAGAAGCAGAGGAGCCCGGCCAGGCAGAUCCCCCUGACCCGAAAACGACAACAACAACAACAACAACAACAACAACAACAACAGCCGCCGCCGUCGUCAUCACCUCUGCCACCUGCAGUCCAGGAAGAGAAGGAGGAGGAGCCGCUGACCAGGCCUCGGCUGCCCAAGGAGGAGGAGGAGGACUCGGGCGAGGAGGAGCGAGAGGAGGUGGCGACCAAGUCUGUGAGGAAGAAGAAGAAGAAGAAGAAAGAGAAAGGGAAGGAGGAGGUGGAAGAGGAGGAGGAGGAGGAGGAGGAGACGACGACGACAGACAUGCCUCCUGUACAGAUCAAACCCGAGCCAGAGGAGAUGGAGUGCACGCAGGCGGACGUGGGCGUCGACUUCGCGCAGCCGACGGACCUGAAGGUGAAGACCGAGUCGCCGCACUGCAAGGCGGAGCCGUGUUCGCCCGAGCCGUGCGCCGCCGCCGCCGAGGACCAGACGGAGCCCGUCGACCUGUCGCUCAACAAGCCCCGCUCGUCCUCGCUCCCGCACUCCACGACGAGCACCACGGUCAACCCGGCGCCCAGCGGCGGCCUCACUCAGCCCAGCCUGCCGGCCGCACCGGUCACCACUGCGGUGCAGUCGAUAGGCUCCAUGGUCCUGUCUCCGGGCUCCAUCCUGGCCACGCAGGGCGCCGGCGGACAGCAGAUCCUGCACGUCAUCCACACCAUCCCCUCGGUCAGCAUGCCCAGCAAGGUGGGCCAGCUGCAGACCAUCCCCGUGGUGGUGCAGUCGCUGCCCGUCGUCUACACCACCAUGUCCACCGACGGUGUUGCCACGGCAGCCAUCACGGUGCCGCUCAUCGGCAGCGACGGGCGCUCGGAGGGAUCCGUUCGCAUCAAGCCAGGUUCAACGUCUCCAGUGGAGUAUCAGAGUGACAGCGAUGCGGAGAGCGGCACGGAGUCCGGGUCGGCCUCCCUCAGCGCCCAGAGCCUCGACGCAGGGUCGGUCAUGGACCUGGAGCCCGUCGAUCCCGAUUCGCCGGACGUCAAGAGACGGCGAAUCCACAUGUGUGACUACGACGGCUGUAAAAAGGUUUACACCAAGAGCUCCCACCUCAAAGCGCACAGGAGGAUACACACAGGGGAGAAGCCGUACCACUGUACCUGGGAGGGCUGCACCUGGCGCUUCGCCCGCUCCGACGAGCUGACGCGACACUUCCGCAAGCACACGGGGAUCAAACCUUUCCGCUGCACCGAGUGCGACCGCUCCUUCUCGCGGUCCGACCACCUCUCCCUGCACCGCCGGCGCCACGUCAUGAUGUGAACCUCUUUACCCCCCCCCCCGACGUCUCAAAGCCCCUCCCUCACAGCACAUCCCGUACCAGUGCCCCACAGGAACCUCCGCUACUUCCCGUCUCCUCCCUUCACCACCUUCUCAUCCUUCAUCCUCCUCCUCCUCAUCUUGAAAUCGCAGGAACAUCAGGAAUGUGUCCGUCAUUUGUGUGUGUGUGUGUGUGUUCAAAGACAACAUCCUCACCACCACCCGUCCACCAGACGCCCCCCCCCCUCUUAAAACAAUGCCCUCCCCUCAUCCCUAUAGCUCGACCCCACCUGUCACAUCCUCCGUGUCCUCAUCAGAAAGAGAGGGAUGGACUGAAGGACAUCAGGCAGCGGGGACGUUCAUCCAUCCAUCACAAACAUCCAUCCAUCCAUCCAACGGAGACAGGGAAGAGGCGGAAGAGGAGGAAUGACGUGUGUGUAUUCUGUCUUAUAACUAAAAUGUCUCUUCAGCUGCUCUUUUUUUUUUUUUUCAUUCUGUACAUAUCCAGAGUUGGGAAGUUGCGUGAAGCCAAAAUUGUAUAUCCAUAUAUUAUGGAUUUUUUUUUGGGGGGGGGGGGAGCAAAGACCGCCUCGCUAGAACGACCCAGUGUAAAGUUUGGCAGGAAAAUUUCAGGAUCUCAGGAGCUUUUUCUUUUCCAACCGUGCCGCUGUGACUGGAGGAACCUUGGCAUUUUAUGAUCUAAAACAGGAAGUAAUUAAGUAAAAACCUGGAUGGGGCGCACGCACGCACGCACGCACGCAAACGCACACACGCACGCACGCACGCACACACACACACACACGCACACACACACACGCACGCACACACGCACACACACACACACACACACACACACACACACACACACACACACACCUCCGCCAAAGGCCCAACCAUGAGACCAUAUUUCACGCGCUCAUAGAUCUCAGUUCCCCUGAACGUGAAAAUCGUGGGAAAAUGUCAAAAACGAAAAAGUAAAAAAAGUGAUAAUAACCUUCUUGGAUGUUAUGGCUCCUCUGGGGGCCGAGGUCCCAUCCUGCCACCAGGUAACGUGCAAAUCCGUUUGUGUGGCUCGGCAGCUGAAGUCACAUGGAACACACACACUUCCUCCGAGGCGUACGAGGCAAAGAUGGAAAUAUUUUGUCCGUCCUCCUCCUCCUCCUCCUCCUCCUCCUCCUCUUCCUCCUCUUCCUCCUCCUCGCCCCCCCCUCCCCGGUACAGGGAGCUACAAGACUGUGAACUUUAUAAAAGAUACAAUUGUUUUCAAUGUUAUAUAAAUCAAGUUAUUGUCUCUUUGCGUGUGUGUGUGUGUCCCCUCUUCCCCCGUUACACACCUUUCUGAUUCUUCUUCGAUAACAGUAUUUUCCUCUUUUUUCCCGCUCGUCAUCGUUGCUCGUCGUCGGUGUGUGUUUUAAGAGGGGGCCUUCAGUUUGGCCUUCAUUUCUUAUUCUUUUUUUUUUCUUUGUUGCCAGGUUUGGUGUUCUUAACAGAAUGGCACCCCUUAAAAAAAAAAAUAAAGAAAGGUUUUGCGAUUCUUUUGUUUUGCGUUCUGCGGCGGUGAAGACGACGAGAGGAGACACAAGUAGUUUGAGAUCACGAGUCAAACUCUCACGCAGGGAAUAGGGGAGCUUUUCUGAGUGUGUGUUUUUUCGUGCGUGUGAGUGUGUGUGUGUGCGUGCGUGUGCAUGAUUUGAGACAAACACAUAAUCAGAAUUUACGAUUUUUUCUUUUUUUUUUCUUUUUUUUUUUUUUUACAAGUGCGUGUUCCGGGCACUUGUUGUUCUUUUACCUCUUGAGCCCGUCGAGCCUUAAAUGAAUCGAAGUCAAUCUGUAAAAAAAGGGCGAAACCAGAACCUCCGACAGCGCGACGCUCGGCCCCCGAGCUCCACCAACCGUGAGUCUCGCGAGCGCCGCGCUUCACCUGUGUGCGGCGGUAAAAAAUCUGACGAAUUGCUCCGCAGCACACAACAGGAAGGGGGCGCUGUUCUGUCAAAGGGGAGCAUAUUGAACCUCUUUUUCCAGAAAUUCGCGCCCGGGGGAAAGUCCGGCGACAUGUCCACACCGUUUGCACUGUUUUCUACGACCCUUUUCGCGCAAAAUCCACGGAGCGGCGGGAACAGAAGCCGCCGGUGAGGAGUCACAGCGGGCCAUUGCCGCCAGCCGCUGCCAGCGGUUCUGGGAGAAACCUGGCACUGUGUCGGGCUGUCAGGGUCCGUAGUGCCUGGGGGUUUCAAACCACGGGGGGGGGGGGACUUAAGCGCUCUCCUCACUAGCAUUUCUACCAGGGUGGCGGGGGGUCCGAUUCUCUUUCGCGUGAGUUCACAUCCCUUGUGACCGAACGUAAUUUCAAAAAAUAACUUCAAAUUUCGAUGCACCCUCCCUAUAGUUUUGAUGUAUAAAGCCUUCCUAACGUGGAGCAUGUGGUCCAACGUGUGAAAUGUUUUGAACUCACUUGAACCGAGGUCAUCCGCCCCCCGCCCCACCUUGACCCUGCCGUGUCCCACGUCUUGAGGGGAGCUGCUUUUUCUCAGCUCCCCGGAUUCUGGGGGGCUGAACUUGAUUAUGCAACUUAAACUUUGCUCCGAGCGCUGUUCUGAACUCAGUAGUCGAGCGCCAGAUGUUAGCCGCACACCGCCGAUGUGCAGCGCGAACCUUUAAAAGAAAAAAAGGCGAGGCUGGGGAGGUGUCGAACGCCAAAAGACGCCGCCGCCGACCUCCGCCGACCUCCGCCGACCUCCCGAACCGCCUCUGAAAAGCUAGUAAGCGAGAGAGCAGGGCGUCGCACACCUGACCCCUUUUUUUUUUCCCCGUCGUACGAUGAUAGGUGAGAUGGACGAGUCACGGGCUUCCUGUGAGCCGAGUGCGUCCCGUGAACAGGGCACUUUGUAAUCUGGUCUGCAACACUGCAAAAAAAAACAAAAGAAAAAAACCUCUCUUGGAUCUGAUUUGUGAUAUUAUUGUUAUAAUUGACACAAACUGAUUUGGUUAAACAAACUCUAGAGUUUUUGUUUUACAAGAGAAAGUUUAUUAUUAAAUAUUGGACCAUGACUUAUUUGGAUUUUUGGGGGCCGAUGCCGAUAUUAAUAUAUCGGUUGAUGUAUUUAUUAAAAAAAAAAUCCUUAUAUUAAAAUUGUCAUCAAACUUUUUUGACGAAGAAAUUCAAUUGAGGUUUGAUAUUUUACAGUGUAACCACAAACCUCAGUAUAAAUAAACACAAAUACAACCAAAUAUGUCGAAAUUUUAAAAAUGAAACACGAAUGCAGCAUAUUUUCUAUCGGUCUCAAUUUAAAAAAUCUGAACUAAAUUCAAAUCACUUUUCAGGAGAGAUUUUGUAUUAAUUUUUUCGCAGUGCAGAUCGAAGCAAUGUUCCCGUUUCUUCGACCAUCCCCCUCUGCUUCAACUUAAGAACCUUCAAAAAAAGAAUCAUAGUUACUAAGCACAUAGCACAUCUUUCUAGAAGAGUAUAUGCAUUUGAUUGCAAUUUUUUCUUUCUUUUGUAAACUGUUGAUAAAGACAUUAAGGACAAAUAAUUAAGAUAAAUCCAUGUACAUAAAUGUAUAUAAUCAAAAAGUGCAGAGUAAAUGUAACGGGUGAAUUUCUAUUUUUAACACUGACUAGAUAAUGUGAAAAAAUCUUCUUUUCUUCUUCUUCUUCUUCUUCUCCCUCUGUUGGUUUGAUGAAAGUGUUUCAUCACGUGUUCAUUAUUAUUAUGAUUAUUUUUUUCAAAUCUAAUAAUACAUUGGUUUUGUAGUUUCUUUAAAAACCACAAAAAAAAAAAGAUGGUCCCAUUGUGUUGUGCACACUUGUGUUGCAUGGAGAGUAGCCUUCCUGUUUCCUUAUAGUGACGUUGGUGAGCAUGUCCGUGUGUGUGUGUCCGUGUGUGUGUGUCCGUGUGUGUGUGUCCGUGUGUGUGUGUGUGUGUGUGUGUGUGUGUGUGUGUGUGUGUGAGAGUGUGAGAGAGUGAGAGAGAGAAAGUGGGGUUCCUUUAACUUUCAAUGAUCUGAGGUGGGGAGAAAAAAAACAACGCUCCACUGACAUUGAAAGUGAUGAACUAGUUAUCGAUUGAUCACAACGGAGCUCCAUCUUUCUGCUCUGCACCUGAUUUUGAAUAUGGCAAAGUCACGAAGCGUCCGACCGGACUUGGUUUGGGGUCAGGAAACCUUUGUCAACGCUCUCGUUUUAAAGGUGCCAUCGGACAGAACAGUUUCAGGUCUGACAGGGCUAAAAGAAAUAUGAGAUUUAAUUUGUUUGUUUCCUUUUAUGUACGUGGACGUCGAGGCGACGGCCGGUUUCACACUCUUCAGAAUAAGAAAACAGGAAACAAGCUUGCCAGUAUUUUAUUUCUGCAUUUUCUUUUUUCUUUUCUUUUACGUUUUUCGGAGAAGUCCCCAAAAUAAAAACCCAGAUAAUCGAAACUCGCUCGAUUCGGAUGCUGACGAGCAGAAUAACCGUUCAGUGGUUGUGGUUGAAAUGCAGAAUCUAGAAAGACCCAAAUUACAGAAGAAAAAAAAACAAAGAUGGUUUCUAGCCAUGCGGAUCAUUUUUGGAUCUAUAUGCUUUGUAGGAAAUUAAAAUCUGCUCCUGCCACAGAGCAAAGGAGACGCACUUAAAUUCCCCUUCCUGUUCCUGUUAGUGGGAGGUUUUUAAAGAGGUUUUAUGGAAAUAAUAAUACUCGGCUGAUCACAUGACAACAGCUGGAACUUCUGUGUGGAACGCUGCUCAUGUGAUGAUGACAGGAGGCUGCAGGAGGCCGUGACCUCUGACCUCUGUUCUGUGAACGGCCUCCUUCAUGUUUCUCUGGCCGUUGUCUCUCUGGUCAAAGCCCGAGAAUGAAACACCUCGACGGCGCCGAGAUAGAAGGCAGACGCCCCUCGAGACGUGCGAACAUGAAUCCAAAGCUGGAUGCCACCAAAAGUGAGCGAGAUAUACUAUAUUAAAAAUAUCAUUUUUCUUUUCUUUAUUCCGAGGAUCAUUGACUCCACUUGGCAUCAACCAAUCAAAGAGACAAACACACCAAUGCACUGAAUCCUCCCGUGAGGAUUAGUCAAGUCAUUACGCCUUUGUCCCGCUUCAUAUUAUGUUUUGGUGCAAGCUUGUUCUCCUCAGUAUUCUUUCAAAAAUGUUUCCGUCUCCGGAAACCGGCGACAUUGGAGCGGCGUGUCCGAGGGCGACGCCAGCGACUCGUGUCCGCCUGCGUGCGAGCGCCUCCGCUCACCGCCAAUCAGAAAAAUGUUGGGGUAUUUUCUAUUGAAUGCAGUAACUUAUGGGCCAGUACUAUAUUUACUCAGUGCAAUGCAGUUAUCAUUAUAAUAAUACAAUUAUUAAUAAUGUUAUUGUUUUUAUUUUUAUUGUUUUUUUUCUUUUCUUUCCUUUUUGUAUUUGUACAGAACAAAUGUGUAAAGAUCAGUGAGGAAGACGUGAACUUUUUGAUACUGUGACUCAUGGUGUUUCAAAGUCAGUUUCUCCCUGUACAGUUGUGAUUUUUUGCCCCCCUCCCCCUUCCCCCUUCUUCUUUUAUAGAAUAAAAAAUGUUUUUUGGUGCAAUUUAA